CCCAACAGGCAUAUAUCGUUUUAUACCUACACACAUACUAUUAGCAGCCAAGCCACUAAGCCAAACUAUAGCUGCAGUUGCAGUGCGUCGACUGCGCUAAUACGCGAGGCCACAUACACACACGCUUAACGCCGAUUGCCGCCGCUAUUAUUCUUUGCCUGCCGCGUGCCUCCAUUUGUUGACACCAACUGUUUGUUCGUGAUUGUUUUGUUUCUCGUUCCCUUGUGCUGCUGCUGUUUAUUUUUGUUAUUGUUAUUUUGGUUGUUGUUGUUGUUGUUUUGGUUGAUGUUGUUUUUGAUGUUGAUGUUAUAGUUGCGACUCUCCUUGCAGUGGAGAGAAUCGCAGCGCGUCGAACGUGCGCGACUCGAGGAUCGCUUCGUACUGCCGAUUUCGAGCUGUAGUGAGGACUGAGCAGUAGUAGUACAGUGCCGCAACUGAUAUACCUACAUGUAUAGCAGCUCGUUCAGUGCCGAGUAAAAGUGUCGGAAUACAUGGAAAAGAUUUGGUAAUCGUUGCGACACCGACAACAGCGACAUCAACGAGCAUCCUAAUAAUGCUCCAGUGACAAUUGUGCCUAUAUUCUACGAAUGGAGAACGGACUACUCUUGCUGUGCCGUUCGCUCCAUCGUAAUAUGCAGGCGAUGCCGUUGCAGCAGUUGUCUUGCCGCCGGUAGCGACUCGCCUAAAAGUCCUCUUUUCCACUGGCCAGCACCAACAGCACUAGACAUGUGAAACUCGCCAGUUGCCGUAAUUAGUACAUAUCGUAGUUUGUAGACGACUACUUUUUUUUACUUUUUUUUUUACGUUCUUUUUUACUUGUGCACUGGCUGCCCGGGCUAGUCAUCGAUCUUCGAGCGCAGAGAUCGAAUUCAGACGACGCUUACAUUGAGCCUAGAAGCCGGCAUCGAUCGGCAGCCUCGAGAAUCUUCCUAGCAAGUUGCCAAUAUUCUCUGUGCCAUAAAAACAAGCAAAGACCAUUCCAAAAUAAGACGGAUCCAACUGGCGACUGGAACAAUUCUGUGAUAAGGGGGAACACAUUGUGCCUUGAAAUUUGCCAUAUUUACGAAACACAGUCAAAGAGAAGCGAGACGAAGAGGAGGAGAAAAUAAUUCAAAAAGCCAAGCAGACAAGACAACUUUGAGAAACGAAUUAGUUUGUUUCGUUGCCAUUAUAUGAAAAUCAAAACGAGAGAGAAUGUCAACGUGCACCGAGGCGGACAGUAACGCGGCAGCAGCAGCAGCAGCAGCAACUCUUCACAUGCAGGAGGCCCUCUCACCGGUCCAAGAGGCGCCAGUCUCGCCGGCUUCCUCGUCGAUGAGCAAUCCAACGACGCAGCCCGAGCCAACGAAUGAGCAGCAGCAGCAGCAACAGGUACUCUUAGCUACGAUGCAGCCGGUCGGCGUAUUGGACCUUCACGAGCACCAUAACCCGACAGCUCACAUCUCAUUGCACCCAAAAUAUCAUCACCAUCACCACCAUCACCAUCACGUCCAUCCGAAAUACAGCCAUCAUUUGCACAGCAGCGCCAAUCAUCAUCACUCGACUAACAGCGAUGCUAACGAUCAGGUGCCGACCGACUCGGAAGACGGCCAAGCCCAAGCCGAGCGAGUGACGCCGGUCGUGGUGAGCGAGCACGACGAGGAGACCGGCCACAAGAUGAUCGAUCUCAUCUACAACGACGGCCAGAAGACCAUCAUGUACACCCACGACAAGGAGAUCAUAUACGAGAACGAGGCGGACCGGGUGCAGGUGGUCGAGUACCCGCCGCCCGAGCCGUCGCCUCCGUCGCCGUCGUCGCCGUCGAGGGGCGCCAGCGCCGGCCUCAUCCCCCUGAACUACGUGGCCAAGGCGAGCUCGAGCAACGGACAGCCGACGACCCUGCACCUGCACUACAAUCAGCUGCAACUGGCCUCCGAUCAGGAUCUGCCGAGGGCCCUGGUCAACGGCGCCAGCGUACCGACCACGGCGACGGUUCUCGUGCUCUCCGAGCUGGUGGAUCCGUCGGGCAACGGAGUCGUCGCUACUGCCCCGCUGACCCUGGCCACCGCUGCCUCUCUGCGCGCUGCCGGACGACGCAAUCGUAACGAGGAGGACUCUGGCGUCGUGGUAACAGUGGGCAGCGACGAAGCUUACGUAUCAGCGGCCAACGACUCGUCGGUGACGGCGGCAACCCGAGAGCAGCAGCAGCAGCAGCAGAACCUCGAAGACGGAACGAGCGUCGGAGAGGCCAACGAGCGACUGCAGCAGGAACAAGAGCAGCGGGAUCAGCAGCGGAACGCCGCCUCGAGCGGCCGAGUCGAGAACGACGACGAGGAUUCGGCCCAGGGCCAGAGCAGAGUCGCGACUAUUCAGGUCCAAGUGCAGGGUAUGGAAACUGAGUGGAGAAACGCUUACGGCGAGCAUCCCCUGUCAGCAGCGACCACAGCGAUGUUGCACCUCCAGCCACAGCAUCAAGUCCAAGUCUCAGCGGUAACGGGCCAUCCAGUCGACGACGAGCAGCAGCCACAGCACGUCGUCAAUCCCUUCAACGUCUACGAGUUCUACAAGAUGCCCGACAAGGAGGUCGUCUUGCCCGGCAACGUAAACAUGAAGCUGCCGUCGACCCACGAGCUCUGGGGCAAAUACGUGCCUCAGCACGAGCACGAGAGCAGCGGCAUGAUGAACCCGAACAAAGUCAUGGGCCAGGACGCGGAGCCACAAAGCGGCGAGCUGCAGCACUAUCUGCAGCACUACCAGCAGCAGCCAUCCCACAGUCCGACCGCAGCGACGGCGCUGCAGCAGUCGGGUCUGCCGCUGCCGCUGAGUCCACAGUCGGGCCAACAGGCCCUCGUCGGGGUGAAGCGCGAGCCCGAGGACCUGAGCUCGCGGGGAGGCCUGCAGCAGCCCGCCUCGAAGCGCCACAAGCUCAGCCAGCAGCAGCAGCAGCAACAGCAGCAGCAACCCGACAGUCCACCCCAGGUGAUGUACCACCCGCAGCACCAUCAGCUGCAGAGCCACCUGUCGACGGCGUACGGGGCCUCGCCCUACGACCCCUACGGCAACAACAGUCCGCGGCACUACGCGAGCCACUACAACGGGGCGAGCGUCUCGUCGGUGUCGAGCGUCGGCCUCGUGCAGCACCAGCACCAGGAGCACAUCUACGCGCCGAGCAACGAGCUGCCGCCCAUGGUGUCGACCGUCACCUCGCUGCCCUCGUCCACGGCGGCCUCCUACACCCGAUACGACGUGGUGCCCAGCACCUAUACGACUAGUCAAAACAUGAGGUCGGCAGCCUCUCAGAGCAACACGCCCAACAGCAAUAACAACAACAACAACAACAACAACAACAAUAACAAUAACAACAAUAACAACAACAAGGCGCUGCUGGUCGAUCUGCCGAGCCCCGACUCGGGCAUCGGCACCGACGCCUCCACCCCGAGACAGGACCACCCGCAACCAACCACUAUUCAGCAGACUUUCGAUUACACGGAGCUGUGCUCGAGCAACGGAGGCAACGGCGGCGCCGGAGUCAUCCUGGAGUCGAGCCAGGUCAUGAGCGGCCAGCACCAUCAGCCGUCCUCGCUCCAGCUGCAGAUGCACCAGUCGGUCCAGCCGGGACAGCUGCAGCGGAGCAACAGCACAGGUGGUCUGGUCAUCCCGAGCGGCGCCACCACACCGAACUCGACGAGCGGCGCCUCCGUCGGCAGGAGGCCCUGGCACGAUUUCGGCCGGCAAAACGACGCCGACAAAAUUCAGAUUCCAAAGCUCUACUCGCGCUACGGCUACAAGUAUUAUUUGGAAUCGCCGAUCAGCACGUCUCAAAGACGGGAAGACGAUCGGAUAACCUACAUCAACAAAGGACAAUUUUAUGGAAUAACGCUAGACUACACGCCCGAUCCCGACAAGUCAUCUAAUUUCAAGCCGGGACAGACAGUAAAGAGCGUCAUCAUGCUUAUGUUCCGUGAAGAAAAAUCCGCAGAAGAUGAGAUCAAGGCUUGGCAAUUCUGGCACGGUCGACAGCACUCGGUCAAGCAGCGAAUUCUCGAUGCCGACACUAAAAACAGCGUGGGUUUGACUGGGCACAUCGAAGAGGUAGCGCACAACGCCAUCGCUGUUUAUUGGACUCCAUCGGAAUCUCCGGCCAAGAUCAACGUAGCCGUGCAAUGCCUCAGCACAGACUUCUCGAGUCAAAAGGGAGUCAAGGGACUGCCGCUGCACAUUCAAAUAGACACUUACGAGGAUCUGUCGUCGUCUCACGCGGGCUACAGCCCACCACAGAAUCGGGCCUACUGUCAGAUCAAGGUGUUCUGCGACAAGGGCGCGGAGCGCAAGACCCGCGACGAGGAGAGGCGAGCCGCCAAGCGGAAGCUCGCCGUCAACGGGCGCAAAAAGAACGAGGACAUGUACCACCAGAGCACGGAGCGCUCGGAAUUCUACACCAUGUCCGAGCUGAACAAACCGCCGGUCUUCUUCUCUCCGUCGGCCGAGAACUCCAUUGACAAGUUUUCGCCAAUGGAGUUGUCGGGCUACUAUGGCGGCGGAGGAAGUAGCGCUGGCGCUGCUAAUGGGCCCGAUACCGAUACGUCGUCCCUCAGCAACGGCGAGAGCAGCGGUUUGAAGGCCGCCAGUCCCUACGGCAACGGCCGAGCGAGCCUGCCGGCCCUCAAGUUCCACAAUCACUUUCCGCCCGAUCAAAUUAACUUGCAUGACAAAAAGGACAACAUGAUGAUGCAGGUGCAGGAGCUGCAGGGCUCGAUGCCGACCCCCUCGCCGCCGAGCAACCGUCUGCGCAUGGCCCAGAUGCGAGGAGAGAGCGACCGACUGAUGCUCUACAUCAGGCAGCAGAACGAUCAGAUCUUCACACCGGUUCACGUGACGCCCCCGACUACCCAGGCGCUCAUUAAUGCUAUAGAGUCAAAGUUUAAAUUCCCAAGAGCACAAAUAUGUAACAUUUUAAGGAAAAAUAUCGAAGGCAUCACUGUUCUAAUGGAUGAUGAUAUGGUACGGCAUUACAUCGACCAAGACUUAUUUUUGUUCUCAAUCGUAAACAGAAAAGAGCCACAAUCAGGUACAGUUCCAGGGUCGCCGUCUAAUCCGAAUGAUAACGUCUACGUCGACAUUGUUCUAGAAGAACUACCGCGUACAAUUACGACUUCUAGCCUACAACCCUGAAUGAAAUGAUAAAUAGUGUUUAUAGAUUGAUACUGAACUGGGCGUUGAAUGUAUUUCAGUUAUAAAUUAUUUCUAUAUCAGUGAAUGGAGUUUUAAAAAAUAUAUUAUUUUUAUUUUUUAAUUAUCAUUGUUAUAGUGUUAUUUUUUACACUGUAUUUUAUGAAAAGAAUAAGACAUCACACGAAUCGUUAUGAUUAUUUUUUGUUUGAGUGGUUUCAGAAAUGAAUUUGUUAAAAUUAAUCAAUUUUCAUAGUUUACAUGCUCUAAAUUAUUUAAAGAACCAAUUCAUUUGAAAUAAUCAUUCUUGUUGUUAGUUAUAUCUUGUUUAAUUGCAUCUAAUGUACAGAUUGAUUUCGAAGACUAAAAUUAAUUAAUUCAUAUUACAUAUUUGUCAAAAUGACCAUUUAAAUUUCUAAAGAUGUAAAUUAUUUGCUUAUAAUUUAUUUUAAUCAUAAAAUCUGUGAAAAUUGAUUGAUCACUUCGAGCGUCAAAGAUGAGUUAUCCAAUCGUUCAAAUUUGAUUGGUGUAAAUUACUGGAUUGUGCAACAGUUAACGAUACGCUUUUUCAAGCUAAAGAGUCGUUACGGUACGAAUCGCAGACCAGUGUCGUAAUAGGUUCUGUUGGAAAAGCAAAAUUCGCAAACGUUGCGUUCUUAUAAGAAAGACGAAAAGCAACUGCAUAGUUGCGCUUUUUAGGAUAGAAUACUAAAAAAAUAUAUUUUGGUACGGAUUUGCGGAUAAGUGUGCGUAAAUUAUUCGUAUAUACAGAUAAUAUAUAAACGUAGCAUAAAAAAUAAUUUAAUUUCACCGAUGAAAUUGAAACGAUGUGUGUGCAAUGAUUGAUAGCGUAAUAAAAUGUUUAUUGAUAAAUUAUUAAAAUUUAUCGCGUUAUUUGUUAAGUCUUUUUACAUAGAUUUAAUUAAAAAAUUUUACGAACAAUCCCGUAUCGAAUUUUUUAAUUAUAUCUAUUACUGAAUUGUACAUUCCGUGAUUCAAUUGAAUUUGCCAUAAUUUUAACUUAAGUUUUAAGCGUUGAAUUUAAUUAUCAUUUUAAACAAAAAUAUUCUUUUUUAUUUCAUAAAUUGAAUAACAUAUAAUUGUUACUUUUCUCAAUCCAAGGAAAAAAAAGACAUGGAGAUGCCUUGUAUUAUUAUAAUCGUUAAAAAUUUUAUUCUCCAUUUCGGAAAAGUGUGCUAAAUUUGCCCAAUAAUAAGGUUUUUUCUUAAAUUUUGUGCAAAUAAAAUUAACAAUUUUAAAAUCAAUUAGUGCCAUACAUUCACUACACAGAAGGCUAAUUUAAUUGUAAAAAAUUCAUUGUAUUCAUAUAAAUUGUUUUGAAAAACUCGAAAUUCGAUUAUGUGGCAUUGAAUAACAGUAACUUAAGAUGUACAGAUGUAUUAGGUAUUAAGAUGCGACAUAAGUUUUUCACAAACACUUCUUAAAUAUCAUUAUAUUGAUUGUAUUGAGAGAAGUUGUAAAAUAUAUGCAUGUAGGUAAUGGAAAAAUUAAAAUAUGGCCAGAUUAUAUUAAAUUGUAUUACCUGAUUUUCUUAAAUCCUACAUGAAAAACAAAGGGCGUUAAAAAUUGUCAAGCGAAACUGAAUGUGUAUGCAUGAAUUUCUGAGUUACUUGUGAUAAUGAAAUAUAUUAUUUGCUCCGUCAAAUACAAAUGUUGUAACUAAAUAGCUACGAAGCAUUACUAUAUUUUAUUGCAUGAAUAAAUAAUUUUGUAUGAUGUACGAUAAACAUGCACGAAAAAAAAGUUUUAAUAAUUUGAAUAAGCGAGUCGUUAUGGAAGCCGUGAUAUUCGUUAAAGAAAUUUUGGGUACUGUAAAAUGCAUAUCACCCGAUAUAUUAAAGUCGUACUAUAUUCUAAUGAAUGAAUUGAAUGGAAAAUUGCUUACAAACAAUCAAUUGUUUUAUUCAAUGAUCUCGUGCAGAAAAAGCUCCCUGACGAUUAUGUAUAUUUUUUCUCAGAUUUUAAUAUAAAAAAAUUUGUAUGUAAAUAUUUUAUUAUAUACUAUAUAUUUUUUUACAAUCUAUUGUAUAAAUCAAAAGUAGUUGAGAUGUAAAUAAAGAAAAUAAGACGGAACGUGAAAUUGAACGUGGUCUUCGUGAUAUAUUUUAAUAAAUAUUGUGCGAAAAAUUCAUCGACAUGCAUACAGUCUAGGCUAUUCAUUAUUAAUUUUUACUGACGAAAAUUAUAAAUUCACAUCUUUACAUCAAAAGAUAUAAUAGUUUAAUAGAUUGUUAAAAUUACGAUUGGGUAAUGUAUAAAUUUAUCUUUAUCAAAAGAUAUAUUAGUAUAAUAGAUUAUUGAAAUUACAAUCAAUUAAUGUAUCAUAUGACUCACAAAUGAAACAAAUCAAAAUUACUGCAAGUGGCGUAAACAUAAAAUAGAUUUAAAGUAAUAUUUGUUUGUAUCAUAAUUAACACAGAAAAUAGAUCGGUAAAACGUUAUAAGUUGAGUUAAAACUUACAAAUAUUGAGUUAAGAAAAAGAAAAAUAUCUGACGUUUCGGUCAGAAAUGUUAUUAAGUGUAAAUGUUAGUGAGUUGAUUGGUUGAUCGAUUGAUAUAUAACGAUGUAUGAAAAAUUACAUUUUUCUGAUGCAUAUUUUUUUUAUUAUUCUAAUGAUAUAUUUAUCUGUCUUCGAUGAAAUGUAUAUUUUAAGACGUUACGCUAGGUCUUGCCAUCGAGAUUCUGUUCGAAAAUGUAAUGAUAUUAUAUUAGAGGAGACUAAGGUCAACUAUUAGUUGCAAGAAUUUGACAAUAUUUUGUCUGGUCUUUUCUAUUAUUAUAAUCUGUUCAUAUCAUAACAAUAAAUA